AUGGCGCCAAAGAAGAAGCCUCAAUCUCCUCUCCCAAUCCCAAUCGGCAACUGUGAGGUUUUGAUGGAUGCAAAUAACUUCACUGGCAAAUCUGACCACCGAAACACCGUCCAAAUCUCCCUCUGCAAGACUGUAAAAAUCAAUAUCUCAGUGAGAGAAGGGGUAAAUUCGAAGUCAAGUGGUGAUAUUUAUAACGCAAAACCUGAGGAAAAAGCGUACAAGGGCUUCUUGUUCAUAGGUUUAGAGUUGAGACUUCAUGAAGUGAAAAUUUCGGCGGCUUUAUUAGUUGUAGCUGCAAUUACCUAUCAAAUUGUUCCUGCUGACACACAGUAUGCUGAGGUCCCACUUGCUGCUGUUAGCUCAAUCUACCAACAUAAGGGAUUUGGUCACUUCUUGUACAUGGAAUUAAGGAAGAGACUUCAGGGUGUUGGUAUAUGCACAGUAAUUUGUUGGGGUUAUAAGGAAUCUGAAGGUUUUCGGCUUAAACAGGGUUUUCAAUCAAUAGCAGAGGUAGACACAAUGGGUAGAGCUCGCAGGUUGCCCAUUAAGGUUGACAUUCGUAAAGCAUUAUGCUUUCCUGGUGGUUCAACCUUCAUGAUCUCUCAUCUUGACAAGAACCCUUCAACUAACAUUCCAGAUCCUCUAAAUUUCUGUUUUCCAUUAAAGCCUUGUGGGAAGUCUUCAGUGUUAUCUGUUAAUGAAUCUGUAGAGCCUGAACUUGAUGGAGAGUGUAACAAGUUACCAAUGUCACAGAAUCAAAUCUCUUCCACUGCAAAAAGUUGUCAACCUGAGCAGUUGGUAAAAGAUGGGUUUCCAAGAGAAGAAACCAGGUUGGCUGGUUUUUCUCAGGGUUGGGACUUAAUGCAUAGUUUUGGGGACCGAACUACUUUAGAGAAGGCACAGCGCAGCAACAUGGCCAUUACUGCAGCCAAGAUUGGGGCUGAUACUGAUGCUAUACACUGUACUUGCUCUGCUCAAUGUGCAAAGAGGAGGAUUUGGGAAGCCUCAUUGUCUUCAUUGAAGUCCAAAAAAGUUAAAGGAAGUCAUCAUGUUGAUUGUCAGUUAGAUUAUACCUCCGGUUUAGUUUCAGAAGGUGACGAAGCCUUGGUGAUUUGAGGAAGUAAAUCUUUGGUGGAAGUUACUCCUAGCUAUCCUUUGACUAGUAGUUGCAUAAAAAGUAGUGCAAAAGAUGAAGCAGUUUGUACUACUUCAGCAGGUCUUAUUAGCAAAGAACUUCUGUCCAAUGGAGAAUGCUUCAGAAUCAUGUUGAUGAAUAUUGCUGAAUGUUCUAAGAAAAUGCACCUCACAAAGGUAAUUGAAAACUUAGGCGGUGCUGUUACCUGUGAUGGAAGUAUAAUCCAUGUUGUCACAGGAAAAGUGAGAAAGGCCCUGAAUUUCUGCACUGCUCUCUGUUCAGGAGCAUGGAUAGUCUCACCCAGGUGGUUAAAACAAAGCUUUAGAGAAGGAAGAUUUGUAGAUGAAUUACCCUAUAUAUUAUAUGAUGAAGAUUAUGUGUUGAAGUACAGAGCUGAGUUGAAAACUGCAGUUCUUAGAGCCAAAGCAAGGCUAGGAGGUUUAUUUAAAGGAUACAACAUAAGCAUGGCUGCUCAUGUUCAACCCCCUGUCAAAACGCUAUCUGCCAUUAUCAAGUCUGCUGGUGGAAAAUUGCUUUCAUAUGCUCAGUUUGAUGAUUAG